CGCGCGUGCCCGCGACACAGCGGUCCACGUGACUGUUCUCGCGAAAGAGUAGAUGGACAAACACGGAGCGUCUUCUCAUCAUUAUGCCUGUUUUACACGCUGAAAUAACAUAGAGAAUGCUAUAAAUCAAACUCCUGCAUCAUGCUGAGUCGCUUGCAGGAGCUCAAGAAGGAAGAGGAGACUCUUCUGAAGAUCAAAGUCAUGCUGCAGGAUCAGCUCAACAGGCUAAAGUUUGAAGAGGGAGCACUGAAGUCCUUGAUUGAUGCUCAGUCUGAGGAUAAAUCAGUAGGCCAAACUGAUCCUGCUCUUCCUGAGCUUGAGGUCAACCCCGACAACGAGAGUGAGAUCAAUCAGACUAAGCUAAUACUCGGUGCUCCCACUGAUUAUGAAAUGGAAGAGGAGGAAGAUGACGAUGACGAUGAUGAUGACGACGAAGAGGAUGAUCUUGACAUGGUGCUUGAAGGGGAGGAGGUGGAGGAAGAUGAUGACUACUGAGUGUACAUUCAGUUAGCACAAGUGAAGUGUCUGACUGUCAGUUAGGUGUGUAAUGAGCAGCGUGGCAUGCCAAAAGAUAUGUAUUAAUAGGUUGUCUUUGUUGUCUACAAAUGAUGCUAAUUUAUUACCUAUAGGUGGGAAAAAAAAACUUGAGCCCAAACUACAAAAUGGUGUGUAGCAACUAGCAAGCAUAGAAGCUUAGACAUCUUUUUGGUACUGUAUAUGAGGCAAAGCCUACACUGUUGUCACUUUUGUAAAAGUAAGCCUGCUCCCUUAUUGUAGUUCAUUUAUUUUGUUGAAAAAUGACAUGUAGCCGAUGUUUCAGAUGACUGUACAUCCAGGUUGAAUGUACUACUUCAAAUCUGUGGACUUCAUAGCGUUUGAAUUUAGGUUAAGAGUUGCCAGAGAGACUUUUUAAAUGUCAUUUUGAAAGACAGAGUGAAUGCAUGUGUGUAAGUACUGCAUGUACAUAGGUCACUUCCUGAGCCAGUACUGUACAGUGAUGUCUUUUUGUACUCCAUGGGGAAUGUUGUAUAUGUUUAGUACAGUAUUUGAAAUUACUUAAGCACAAUAGAGAAGUUGAAAUCCC